GUGGAGCUGCCUCUGAGAGGAAUCUGAGCAUCGAUCAAGAAGAGACAGAGACACACAGAGUGGAGCUGCCUGACUGUACAGGGGAAUCUGAGCAUUGAUCAAGAAGAGACAGAGGCAGAGCGUGGACAACAACAUCAAAACAGAGAAACAAAAAUAAUCUGAAAACAAAAAGUUCCGCUGGGCAUCGCACACGAUGUUCUCAGACGGCUCUCCCAGGUUCCGGAAGCUGCACUUCCCGGUCGGGCUCUGGAUCAACAACCCCAAGAAACACUUCAGCAAGAGGAGGCCGAGUGCAGGGAGUGAGAAGAGGGGGGGAGGGGGUGGGUGCAGCAGCCCCCCUGGACUGAUAAAGAUUUAUGGAGACGCCCUGUCGAUGGGGGCAAACUAUAAAAGCGUACUGGCGACCAAGAGCGCCACAGCCGGAGAGAUCGUGGCAGAUUUUAUUAACCGUUACGGACACAUGCUGCGGAGGAGAGGAGAGGGGGAUGAGAGAGGAGAGAGGGGAGGAGAGGGAGAAGGUGGAGAGAAGAGAGAGAGAGGAGAGGAGGACUGUGUGUUGUCAGCGAGUGACUUUGUGUUGUGUGAUGUCAUCGGGCGCCCCCUGGUGGAGGGACCGGGGGCAGAGUCGGGGGUCAGGGCCGGCUGGACGGCAGAGUGCCGGAGGGGCGUGGCCAGUUCGGAGCGCCCCCUGCUGCUCAUGGAGAUGUGGAGACCGAAGGAAGGGUUUGAGAGACGCUUUGAGAUCAGGAGGAGAGAGGAGUGCGAGAGAGAGGAGGAGAGGAGGAGGAGAGGAGAGGAGGAGGAGAACACUGCAGGUCUUGUGACCCGCAGGCUCCGCACAAUCCGGUCUCGCAUGGCGUCCGGGGGCGGGAUCGAAGAUAGUGGGCGUGGUCGGGAUGAGAAGGGGGCGGAGCUCCGGCGCAGCAUCAGCGACAUGCACCUGAGCGUGCGCCGUCGCCAUGGCAACCAGAGCGAGGAGCGCAAGCACGUGAAGAGCAUGAUGCUGGAUGAGGGGGAGGGCCUGGCUGACACUACAUCUGACUCGUUGACGGCUGGAUCAAAGGAGGUGGGAGGAAAGGAGGCAAGGGAAGGAGAGAGGAGAGGAGGAGGAGCAGGGGGGGAGGGUGAGAGGGGAAGCAGCUGCAGUGAUCUGGAGAAAUUGUCUCAGAGCCUUAUACUGCCCCCUACAGACCGGCCCUACUUCCUGCUACUGCAGGGCUACACUCAGAAAAAGGACUUCGUUCUCUACGUGAUGGCGGGACACACUCACAUUUUUGGGCGCACUCUAACACGGGAGAGGGGGAGCGAUAGAGAGAAGGAGAGGAGGAGGAGGGACAAGCUGAGGGUUGACACCUUCCUCUCAGCCCCUGACAUCCUUCCCAGGCACCUAAUGGUCCGCAGGGACUCAGCCCUCCGAGGACACGCUCCCUCUGCAGAAACAGCCCCUUCAGCAGCAUUGGUCCGUCCCUUCAGAGGUGGGGUCGUGACUCACAACGGGGCAGAGCUAGUGAGGGAGGCGGAGCUGAGGCCCGGGGAUGUGCUUGGGUUGGGCCAGCACUUCCUGUUCCUGUAUAAAGACCCGCGCUGUGUCUCGGCCCCCCUCCUCCCUGCCCUUCUCUCCCCCACGCGGUCUUCUCCCAGCCUCGUAGGGGCGCUGUGCUGCCAGGCGUGCGGUCGAUCGCAGACAGAGAGGCAGGCUCGCUUGAGGGAGUACCUUAGCUCCACACAGCCAGUGCUGAGAUACAGCACAGCACACGAGGAACAGCUACUCAGGGAGAUCGUUGAAAAGAACGGGUCACCUGACUCGGGGGCCGGGGCUCUGGCUCCUGCCUUCCUGCUGUCACUCUGCAUAGACCACGCCUCCAAACACCUGGACCCCACCCACCUGCCAGCCCUGCUGCUCAAAACAGCCAAUCUGGUGAAGGGACUUGUGUGGGACAAAAUCAAAGAGAUUGGAGACAAGCAACCAGAGAAUCAGGAGAAGAGCGAUGUGAGUGCGCUCAGCAUAGAGGCCCUGACCUCUGAACUCCGACCCCUCAUGUUCUGGAUGUCCAACGCCACUGAGCUGCUGAACUACAUCCAGGUCAAAGUUGAGGACAUGGAGCGAGACCUGGAGUUUGAGAGUUCGAGUGACCUGUCAGCUGACCUGGAGACAAGCUCUGAGGCGCUGGCUCUGCUUGAUGAUGUCAUCAUGUACACGUUCCAGCAGUGCGUCUAUUACCUCACCAAGACUCUGUACUCUGCUCUCCCAGCUCUGCUGGAUUCAAACCCCUUCUCCCUGCCUUCUCCCUCCGCUCUUCCCCUGGACCCCUCUCCCCUGACCCCUGACCUGUCCCUGAUGCCAGGGGGCGUGGCCCGGGUGCUGGAGGUGUACCUGUCAACACUGGAGCUGACACGCGCCUGUCAACUGCACCCCGACCUCGUCUCUCAGACAUUCGGGUACCUGCUGUUCUUCAGCAAUGCCUCGCUGUUCAAUACACUCAUGGAGAGAGGUUCUGGUUCAGAUUCGUUCUUCACCUGGUCUCGCGCAGUUCAAAUCCGGACGAAUCUGGACCUGGUUCUGGACUGGCUCCAGGGGGCAGGGCUCGGUGACAUAGCCAAUGAGUUCUUCCGCAAGCUGUCAAUCACUGUCAACUUCCUGUGCAUCCCCAAAACCCGCCUCAUACAUUCUAGCUGGUCUUCUCUCCAGGAGGAGUACCCCUUACUAAGCCCCGCCCAGCUGAAUCACCUGCUGCGACACUAUAGGCUGGGAGCCGGCAGGGAACCGCCCACUUCCUGGCAGCCUCCUGAAGAUUCCAAUCUGAGCUCAGAUAUCUUCGAGAGUUUCCUGGAUCACCCCCCUCUGAUCCUGCCUAAUGAGGUGUCUCGGCUGGGGUUGGGAGAGCCAAUCACAUCGCAGGAGCUGUUGCAGGAAGUGCAGAGGAUCCGAGCCUUCCUAUUGGACCUGGAACAGGAAGCCCUGCCGGCCAAUCAGAGGAUACAGCUGUGAGGAGAGAGCCAAUCAUAGAGCAGUUAGCGACAGAGGCAGCCAAUCAGAAAGGAGAAGUUGGAUACAGGGGAUUCUGGAGAUAAAGGGAGGUGUCCGUCUGUCUGCCUGUACAUCUGUCCGCCUGUCUGUCACAUGUCAUACAUUUCAACAUGUAUCUGGAGAAGAGCUGAUCCCAUUGGCAUGACACUAGCUAUCAACAUUAUCUAGAGAAGAGCUGAUCCCAUUGGCAUGACACUGGCUAUUAACAUUAUCUAGAGAAGAGCUGAUCCCAU